AUGAAUGUGUUUGGCCAUUGCUCUCCAAAAUUUGCCCAAGUAGAAAAAGUAUUCAGGCAAAUACCCACUGAAUUAAUAUAUUUUUUAGUUUUAAUUUAUUAUAGAAAAAAUUUCUCAGAUGGUUGGGAACAAGAAGGUGCCUCAGUUGCCAUCUUCUGGCAAGGACAACUGGUUGUUGAUCUAUAUGGAGGAUUUGCGGAUAAAUCCUCUAAAGCUAAAUGGAAGGAGAAUACGCGGACUGUUUUAUUUUCAGCUUCAAAGGCACGUUUUAAAAACUAUUUUCCUUUGUUAGCUGUUGCAGCUCUCGCAGUUCACAUGCUCGUUGAAAGAAAUUCUUUAGCUUAUUCUGAUGCUGUUAGCAAAUUCUGGCCUGAAUUUGCGAUAAAUGGAAAGGAGAGUGUAACUAUAGAAGAUAUACUUAACCAUAAGGCGGGAUUGGCAGCUAUUGAUACACCAAUUCUUAUUGAAGAUGCUUUAUCUAAUCCAAAGAGAAUUUCAGAAAUACUUGAACAUCAAAAACCUAAUUGGGAACCGGGCACAAAAAGUGGAUAUCACGCUGUUUCUUUUGGUUGGUUAACUGACCAAUUGGGCAUCUCAAUGCCUAAUUGGAUGUACAUAAUUCGAGAAGUCUUUUAUGAUCCACGAACUUUGGCUUUUCUAGGAAUUUUACAUAUUAGGAGUAAAAACUCUUUACGCUCACGUAUGGCUAGAAAUCCUGAAUGGAUUAAUCUUAAUUCGAAAAUAUGUACAUUAAAUAAUCCGGAGAUUUUUCCUAUUGAACAAGCCGGCGCUUUGGGAAUAGGGAAGGCGAAGGACCUUGCAUGUAUCUUUGCAAAGUUGCUUUCUGGCGAGUUUUUGUCACGCAAAACACUUGAAUACAUCAGUCGUCCACAGAUGAUAAACCACCGUGAUUUUGUGUUAAUGGUGCCAGUGAAUAAAGGAAAUGGCUUUAUGUACGAAAGGCACCCUCGCAAAAAAGUAGAAAAAAUAAUUUUUAGUGUUUGA